GGGCUCCACUUUGUUGGAUCCUUUGAACCCCAACACUCUUGGACACUUCGGCGCCGCUCUCCUUGGUGAUGGAGCCGGGGAUGGGUUGCGUCACGACCUUGGCAGUGCUUUGGGCGCCGGUGCACCUCUACCUCACCCAGACGGACUGGCGCGCGCUGCGGAACUGGCUAGGUCGGAUCGGUGUAGCUGCAGACCGCAACGUUCUCAAGGAGAAACGCGUGGAGGAGGAAAUGCUGAGCCUUCGCCAGAGGAACUACAAGCUCUUCAGCAGUUUCAUUUCCCACCUGAAUUUCUUCUCCAUGUACGGCUUCUCCUACGAUGCCUUGGCAGCUCCUGAGCUUGACAACAUCUUCGUGGCGGCUUGCUGCAUCUUGAGCUAUGUGCAGCACCUGAUGGUGGCACAGGAAUGGCUCAGCAUGAGCCCUCAGCGCCUGAAGCUCGUGGCGGUGCUCCAUCACUCAGCGGGGCUGCUCCUACGGAUAAUGACAGGAAUCUCUGCAAGCCCAAUGAAGUUUGCAGUGAUGCAUGGGUUCAACAUUGCCGUUCGCUUCAUGCUGGUCUUCACCUUUUUGGAUCCUUGGGUUUCAAUUCCAUUUCAAGUACUCUACACUCUGGCAGAUGUCUUUGAGUACGUCCUGCUUUUCGAAGGCACUAGUGAGCAAGCAGGCUCCUUAUGGUACUCUCAAUUCUUCAUUUGCCUUCUCAGCAUUGCUGCGUCCAUCUUGAUUGAUUCAGUGCUUCGAGCUCGCAUCUAUGCACUCUUGGACACGGCAGAUGCUGAAUCCUUGGUCUCCAGCUUUCGCAGGGUGCUGAGAGGUGUUUGCGAUGGAGAAGUUCUUUUGGACAGCCAUAUGAAUGUGGCGAAGGAAAGCGAGUGCUUGAAGCAUUUGAUCCUCACCAAUGUGAGCCUCACAGGCAGCUCCUUCUUGGAUUUGCUGGAUGGGGAGCAGCACAGGUUCAAGGCCUUCAUCGAUUCCUCCAUGGCGUCACCUGAGCCAAAGGACUCCUUGAAGCGCACGGACACGCCGCCUGCAAAUGGCUUGCGUGUGUCGUUACGUGGAUCGGAAGGCGUUCGGGUGGCUGCCGAUCUUUAUCACGUGCCCGUGCCGGGACUCUUCGGUGCCAAGGAGCCCUUUCAUUUGAUCGCCUUCAAGGAGGACUUGGACUCUCGAACCCACCCUGAAGCGGCAGAGGGUGCGGUGCCGGAUGCGCUGCAGUUGAGCGGUGGCGGAUGCGCUGCCAACGCGAGCAGGGAUCCGAUCGGCCAGCAAACGGACACAGCUUCGAUCCGCUCAGCCAGCACCAGCCGCAGCUCUUCGGCACCAGCCGCGUUUCUGGAUCUGCAGGAGAUGUUUUUGCUGGUCGAUGUGGACACGGAGCUUCAGGAUGUGCAACAAGUCGAGCUGAACUUCAAGCGUCACUCGCUCACGAAGUCGGCACCCAAAGGUGUUUUUUCAGCAGAGCUAUGUCCACAGGGUGAAUGUAUUCUUCACUAAAAGCAACCAUUAGACUUCGAACUUCAAGCAUCGCUCCGCCGUGUGAAAGCGUUUGUCGUGUGUUUGUCGUGCCUGUUGUGCCUGGUUUCACUCUUCGAUCGACGAACUUCCUGGGUCAUCCUGUCUGGGUGUCUUGGCGUUGGACGACCCAGCCCACUGCGUGUUUGCGACCUCGAUCGCCCCAGCCAGGGUGUACCAGACAGGACGAUUCGAUCCGUCCGAGCCAGCGGGCGCACAACCCCAGUGGGCGAAGGCGGAAUUCCGAACCUCCUCAUUCCGAUGGUCGGUUUGCUGCGCGAGUGCCAGCGCUUCGUCGGUGGACAUCGUGCUUGGGGAAACGGUGCCGUUCGUUUCAGAUGGUGAGAAGUCAUUGUUGGACCCUGGAAUUGGGAUCUCGGACUCAUGUGGAUUCUGUAGGAUUCUGUAUGUCUUCACGAGAGAAAAAGGUUUCAUGAUGAUUCACUCUUUCUGGCAUGUGACAUGCUUUCGUCCUUCUUCUCAUCCCCAAAGAACAACUCGGACUCGUACAAGUGACGCCCAGCCAGGCCAGGAAGAGCCCUUGGACGUCCCCUCCGGCCUGCAUUCGGGCAUGCCCAGCCUGAGAAAGCUGGUGAAGCCCAUGGACUGGGAGAAGGUCCGUUCCAAAGUGUCCAAGUUCGUGGAGAAGUCCAUGCGAGGGGAUGUGGAGGUGCAAGGCAAGAGCAUGAACCCCAUGACGGUGCAGUUGCCUGGUCACAGUGGAUGGCUUGUGGUCGAGGAAGCCAGUCUUCAUCCAAGCCAGGAUGCCAAGGUUUGGCUACAUUUGCAAGGAUUCCGCCCAGAGAAAGCUCGACUUUUACCAUCCUUAGGCGGCAUCCAGGAAAGCAGCAGAGAUCCAUGAGUCUUGGGUACCGAUUUGGGUCUAUCCAAAGCACUGCUGAGCAGACGGCAAAAGACUUUCCUUAUACAUCUGUAACUACGUUAUAUUUGGAUCUUCUUCACCACGCAAGGCUAGAUGACCUCAAAUGUUUUUCAUGAGCUCGUAUUUGUGCUGGAUGCAACUGCUGCCAAAUGGUGAUUCGGAUUGACCCACGCAAUCCCAGACGGAUGGACUGCGACCAUUUUCCGGGAACACCUGGGGAGAGAACGCCGAGCCCGUCCCUCUUUACGAAGGUCUCGGUGAUGUAGGGGCCGGAGGCACAAAGACCGCCGGGUAGCCGCUGGGUAGCCUGUAGACCACCUGUGGUGAAGAGAAGACCUCUACUGCGUAUUGCUGGUCUUCAAACACCUACGGCACAAGAAGCAAAAAA